AUGCUGGCGGAGCAGGAGAACCAGGAGAACAUUCCCCCCGGCGGGAAGGCGCUGCCGGCCGCCGGGCCCCGCGUGGCGCUGGGGCUGCUGCGGGGGGCCCAGCAGCGGCCCGGGCCCCUGCUGCAGGUGAGGGCGCGGGGCGGUGGGGCCGCCGUCCCGGGGGCUGCCGGCGCGGCUGUCACGGGCCGCGCUGAAGGGCCGCUCUCCCCGCAGGCGGCGCGGGGCGGCGAGGGCCAUGGCGCGGCGGGGCGGGCCGGCGGGCAGCAGGCCUUCAGCGUCCAUGUGGACGAGCCGGACGGGAUGGAGAAGGAGAAGCAGCAACAACAAGAACAGCGGCGGCGGGACAGCCCGACCACCCAGAAGGAGGAGACGGCGCUGGGGCUGCGUGCGGCCGUCUGUGCCCUGGGGGAGAGGAGGCCCCUGGCCCCCCUGGGCAACGCCAUGGAGCUGAGCUUCGAUUCUCCUAGUAUUAUGGACAUUUCAAUAACCUCAGAAGCAGAAGAGAAACCAAAUGUUAAUAAUGUACCAGACUACAUCAGCGAUAUCCAUACGUACCUUAGGGAAAUGGAGGUGAAAUGCAAGCCUAAAAUAGGUUACAUGAAGAAGCAACCUGAUAUCACGAACCACAUGCGGGCCAUUCUUGUGGACUGGCUGGUGGAAGUUGGAGAAGAAUACAAAUUACAGAAUGAAACCCUGCACUUAGCUGUAAAUUACAUCGAUAGGUUUCUUUCUUCAAUGUCUGUUUUGAGAGGAAAACUUCAGCUUGUGGGGACUGCAGCUAUGCUGCUUGCAUCAAAGUUUGAAGAAAUCUACCCUCCUGAAGUAGCAGAGUUUGUCUACAUCACAGAUGACACCUAUACCAAGAAGCAGGUUCUAAGGAUGGAGCACUUAAUUUUGAAGGUUUUGUCUUUUGACUUGGCAGCUCCAACAAUCAACCAGUUCCUCACUCAGUAUUUCCUACAUGAGCAGACAAAUGCUAAAGUGGAGAGCUUAUCAAUGUACCUUGGGGAGCUGAGUCUAAUUGAUGCUGACCCUUACCUGAAGUACUUGCCAUCGGUUAUUGCUGCCGCAGCGUUUCAUCUGGCAGACUAUACCAUCACUGGACAAGCUUGGCCUGAAUCCCUGUGCAAAGUAACGGGCUACACCCUUGAAGACAUCAAACCUUGCCUCAUGGACCUACACAAGACCUACCUCAAAGCAGCACAGCACAUGCAACAGUCCAUCAGGGAAAAGUACAAGAGUACAAAGUAUCAUGGAGUAUCGCUUAUUGACCCGCCAGAGACACUAAACUUUUUGUAAUAAUCAAGAGACUGAUCUUUUAAAUGGAUGUAUAUUGCAAGAAAAUUAUGUACAGUUUUAAACAUGGUUCAUAAUCCUAGAUGUGAUCACUCAGAAUAUUAAUACAGGUUUUGAUGAGCUUAAUUAUGAAGUUAGUUUUAUGUGGUUUUAAUGUAAAUCUUUUGUACAUGCAAUCUUGUUAAAAUAUUUAGCUGGGUUUUUAUAAAAAUGUUCUCUUCAAGCACAGAAAUAACCAUGCAGACCAAGUGAAGUCUGAAACUGCUUAUAUAAUUAUAGACUAAACAUUAAUAUUAGCAGUGCAUUAUUAUAGUAGGGCUCUUUCUUCUUCCAAGUAAGAAUGACUUGGACUCCACAGCAGUAUUCAUAGUGUUUUUAUACUGUCUAGCUUAAAUGGAGACUUAGUAUAGGUCCAGAACAUGGUUUAAGGGCUCUGAUACUGGAAGAAACUAUAUGAGGAGAACACCUGGCUGGAACUGACUCUUGUGAGGCUCUUCGGGAUGUGCUAGUGUAUGGGAAGCCUUGAUUGCUCUGUGAUGUAUUGCCAGAUCUCCAUCAGGUGGAAGGUUGAACACUGCUGCAGGGACUGCACAGCUAAAAUUAGCAUACCAGGUCCUAAUUUUCUCUUCCAGUAUGUAGACAAACGUCUUGCUUUAGGUAUUUUCUAGUCAAAGUGUAACUAGAUACUAAUUUAAACCCGUGGAGUUCCCUCUGUGUUAGGUGUCCCAAAAGCUCAUCAAUACUUGCUGAAAACUACAGUUAUCAGCCUGCUUACCUCGUACCUCUUCAGGGGCAGUGGAGGGAUUAAACUGCAGGAGGGAGAACUACUGCUUCGUGCCCUCAAGAGGAGGGAGUAUCUUCUGGCGUGGAUGGGCCAUGUGCAGUAUGCACCAAAUUCUGUACAUCCCUCUUGCUUGGAAAGGAUUCCUCUGUGGCACACUGCACAAAAUAGGCAAACUGGUCAUCUUUUUCCCUUAGUUUGAGAACUGUUACAGGUGCAAACUAGCACAUAAUUGGCAUUAGAUCAAGUGGAUGUUUACCCUCGACCUGUGUAAAUGGGAGUGAUGCUGCCCUGUACCUGCUCUUCUUUGCAUGUAAAGCAGUGAGUGCGUGGAACAGAGUUUAAUUAAGCCAUUUCCAGGUUGGCCAAUAAACAAUUUUUACAUCUGAUGUUAGUGGUCUUGCCAAUACCUCAAAAUCACUGAGGGGUAGCACUGCCAUCUGAAACUGGCAUUCACGUCCAAAGCUUUUUGGCAAGGGCUGCCCUGUGCAACCUGUGUUACUUGAAGUUGCUUCAACACUGUCUGGUU